AGUUAUGUUAUCCUAAAAAAAAACACUAGAUGGCACUGUGUCAGGAUAUGGCAGGCCUCAUCUGCCACCCUCCAACCAGGAAAUCAGAAAGCAAAAAAUCACUCUGGACACAUGGACUGUUUUGGCUAAAAAUUUUAAAGAUGGAUUGCAAAUCCUUUUAUGGAGCAAGACAACGCACCUACCUGGUCCAGCACCUAGACACCUCAUUGGGUGUCAAGUGCAUUGGCACUGUUCGACCAAAUCGCACAGGUGGAGCCACUUUGAUGACAGACAAAGAGCUGAUGAAGAGAGGGCGUGGAGCUUUUGACUACAGGUCUGCUGAAGGUGUGAUCGCAGUUAAAUGGUUUGACAACAAAUGUGUGAACCUGCUAAGUAAUGCUUCUGGGAUCAUGCCACUUUCAACUGUCAAACGCUGGAGCAAAGAGUCCAAGGCGAAAGUUAUGAUCCCAUGCCCAUCACUCAUCCCUGCAUACAAUGAGCAUAUGGGAGGGAUAGAUCUCUCUGACAUGCUGGUACACCUGUACAAGACCCCAGCCAAGUCUACAAGAUGGUACCUGCCACUCUUUGGUUACAUGCUUGAUCUGUCCAUUGCAAAUUCCUGGCUGGUCUACAAGAGGGAAUGUGGACAACUAAACCAGAAACCAAUCACACUCAAAAGAUUCCGCCUGGCAGUUGCGCAUAGCUUGAAACAAGUCAACAAGCCAGCAUCCAAAGUUGGCCGACCAUCAUCCAGCUCUCCACCACCACCAAAGUAACGAUACACCCCAAGACCCUCACAACCACAGCCAGAUGUGCGAUAUGACUGCUUUGGGCAUUGGCCACUUCACUGUGACAAGCGAGGCCGAUGCAAUUACUGUCCAAAGGGCGUCUCAAGAUGGAAAUGCCAAAAAUGCAAUGUUUUCUUGUGCUUGAAUGCCAGUCAGGAAUGCUUUGCAGUGUACCACCAGAAGAUCUAAUCAUCAAGGGGUAUUGGUGAAGUUGCAUGAACGGCAAAAGAAAAGAGCCAGAACUGUUUCAGUGUGUUCUCAAAUUUUUCAGUGCAAAAUGGCAAUGGUAUAUAAUAUACCACCAGAAUUUUCUGGAAAAUAAAAUAAAAAAUGUUAGUGCUGUUCCAACACUACAGUGAAAAGUUUAUGUUAACAACAGGUCAAAAGUGAAUUUGUAUGUUUAUGAAUUUUCGGUAAUUGCAGAUCAAGUUUUUGAUCAAAUUUACAAUAUUUUUGUGUUUUAUACAUUUUGUGGUUUGUUAUUAUAACGCCCACUGUUGAAAUGGAAUCCAACAAUGUUUGAUGUUUUACUACCACAAUAAAGUGGGUCAAACACAAAAUUGGGUAGUUAUUGUUUUGCAAAAUGAGUAUAACCUUUACUUUUUUCUACUAGUUAUGUCUGUAGAACUUUAUGUAGUUGUACCAUAGAGAGACAUCUCAACUGUUUGGUAGAGGGUAAUAUUU